AUCGCCGGUCCGUUGUGUCCCUCGAACACAGCGGAUCACGGAAAGAGCCGAAGAUGUCGGUUCGGUCAUGUGAUCAGCUGUGUCCAAUCACAGCUGAUCACAUGGGACAUGUACACUGAUCAUCCGGGCACUGAUGAUCAGUGUGCCCUGAUGAUCAGUGUGGCCCCAGAAGUGCCACCUGUCAGUGCUCAUCAGUGCCACGUGCCAGUGCCCAUCAGUGCCACAUCAAUGCCACAUAUCAGUGCAUACCAGUGCACAUCAAUGCCACAUAUCAGUGCCCAUCUGAGCUGCCUUUCAAUGUCACCCAUCAGUGCCAGUCAGUGCCGCCUAUCAAUGCCAAUCAGUGCCACCUAUCAGUGCUGCCAAUCAGUGCCACCUAUCAGUGCCAGUCAG